AUGAGACUUUCAUCUAGAUGUCAGGGCGUUACAAAGUCUGUCAUACAGAACAAAAUUGCAGCAAGGCUGAAGAACUUUAACAAGAUCAAAGCGAAAGAUGUUGAUCCAGCUAAGAAAUUGGAGUCAAUGUUGAGUUCGGUUUAUAUUCAGUAAGUUAUUUUUAUUUAGUGAUGGUUAAAUGUGUAAUAACCUUUAUACUAUUACCACUUCAUUAUUUUAAUUUUAGGAACGGCUCUUUCAAAGCCUACAAUAACACGAGAGAAAACAUAGAACAGACUAAAGAAAAGCAAGCACAAGGUGCCGAAAAGGAGGAUAUAUUUUUACCAUUCAAAUCAGAUCUUACUCAAGUCCAAAUGGUAGAUUCAAAGAAGCAAACUGAAGAUUCUUAUAUAGGGAAGCACGAUAGAGGGUUCUACUACAAAAAUGGGAUGUUGUGUGAUGAAUAUGUAGAAGGUUUGGCUUCGAGUAUUGUGGACGAGGAGAUGAAUGAGUAAGGCUUUAUAUUGUUUUUCCUGUUUUAGGAAUGAAAUGUUUCUGCGCAACGUGUUUUAGCUUUCUUUAGCAAAAAGAGCAUAGGAUUAAUUGUAGUUAUCGAUAUUGUUUUAGGAUACCCUACGUCUAUCGUAAUGUUGACGGAGCUGUAGAGAGAAUAGACUUUCUUGAUCCAAAGCAAACUCCUAUGAGAAAGGUAAGUUAUUUAGACGAAAUCUUUUACUUAUAACAUUUAUAAGGAACUUUGCCAAAGAUCACUUUUUUGUUAUGUUUUGAAGAAAAAAUACGUACAAAUGUGCAUAAAAUAUAAAACAUUAAAAGUGAUAUUAUCUAAAAUGCCAAUACAUUUUUAGAAGAAACCUAAAAACAGUCCAAAGGUAGAAGAAGAUGAGGAGGGUGAAGAAGAGGAUGUUAACGUCUUUUACGGAAAUGUUGAUCUUGAUUACAAGCCUGAAAUAGAUGUGAAUUGUGUUGGAUGUGGAGCGACGUUUCAUUGUCAAGAUCCAGGAUUGCCUGGCUUUUUACCGGUCGAAUUACUUUAUAGAUUGGAGUCAAAGAAAAAGAGGAUACCAAAAUAUGAAACUAAUUUGCGAUGUAGACGAUGUUACAUGCUUAAAAAGUAUAAUUUCUUGGUAUGUUUAGUACAUUUGAGUUCUGCUUUUGGUAAGGUGGAUUGUAUUAGGGAUUUCAAAUAAUUCUGUGCUUCUUCUCAAAACAAAUUGUUGGGGUUAGGGGCAUAGAGUUGUUUGAACAACCUAGAAGUAUGUAUAUCCACGAAUUGCUACUGUAUGUAACAUAAAUAUUGAAGUUAUAGUAUUUUUUUACCUCGUAUUACUGUAAUUUUAUGUUGUGAUGCUUGAACUUAUUUUGGUCCAAAUGUCUUCGUGAUAAUCAAGUUCAAAUAUCUAUAUCAUCCUUUCAGUUAAAUGUGAAUGUCAGUCAAGUAGAUUAUCGUGCAAUAAUGGGUCAUCUGAAGCUUCGAGAAGAUAUUCUGGUUCUUCUGGUUGUUGAUAUGACUGAUAUCAGGGGGUCUAUCCUGUCUCAACUGCCAGCACUGAUAGGGACUGGAAAGAAUGUGAUGGUUAUUGGUAUGUAGUUACCUUAAAAAAGUUAAAAGUGUGCUUUAAAAAAUUAAAAAUGAGAUUUAAAACUUGAUUUUAAGUUUUGUGUUUACCUAAAAACAGUAAAUUUAAAAUAAAAGUGUUAAUGUUUAGGUAACAAGGUAGACUUACUGCCUCCAGACGCUAGACCUGGGUAUUUCAAAAAGUUCAAAGAGAUUUUAAACUACGAAAUUGAACGGGCUGGACUGAAAGAUCGGUUUCGAAUUACUAGGACAGAAUUGAUCAGUGCCAAAACUGGAUUUGGUGUGGAAGAUUUGAUCACGGUAAGGAUUUUUGAAUAGUUUUUCACUUUAAAACAUUUUUUUAAAACUUCUAUUGUAAAUUUUUAUAUACAAUUUGAAGUUUUUUUAUUUUGGAGUUUUCAUAAGCUUUAUUUAGUCAAUAUUCAUGGAAUGGGUGAACAUAAAAGGCCACCUGAGAAGCGACAUUUACCUGGUCGGAGCCACAAAUGCUGGGAAGUCAACCUUGUUCAACACCUUUAUUCAAUCUGACCUGUGCAGAGUAAGAGCUCAAGAUUUGGUCGAACGAGUCACUACAUCAAUAUGGCCAGGAACGACGUUAUCUCUUCUCAAGUUUCCUAUCAUGAAUCCAUCUACAAGGAAGUUGGAGCUGAGAAGGAGGAGGUUGCUGUCGCAAAUGAAUUGGAAAUGGAGGGAAACUCAGCUGCAGAGACAAAUGUUCAAGGAGACUGGAGAGACAAAGUACCUCAGUCUAACUGGCAUCAUGGGCAACACUUUUAAGGUAUGGUAUGGUUUAGUACUUUUUAAAAUUUUGCUAUUUUUUAGGGUUUUUGAAAAAAUAUGGUAAUGAUAUAAAUAAAAAUGGCAUUUUAAUAAAAAGUUAUGUCAUUGUUAACUUUUAGGAAGAAGAAAAAAACUCUCAACCAUUGUCAAACGAAGAACUGCAAGAGCGAUUAGACAAAGACUUUGCGGAAUCCGAAGAAGACAAGACCGAAAAGCCUAGAAUCCGGCUACACGGUGAAGUGUUCAAGAACAACUUCUGGUGCUACGACACUCCAGGCACCGUAAAUCCAAACCAGAUUCUGGAUUUGUUAACAUUGGAAGAGUUGGUCAACGUGAUUCCGAAGUCUUUGAUCGUGCCAAGAAGUGUCGUCCUACAAGAAGAAUGGUCGCUUUUGGUCGGAGGUUUGGGUAGGAUUGAUGUUAUUCAUGUUGAGGAGUCAGCUCAUACCGAAAAUCGACCGGUUUUUGUAAGGAUUCUUUAGUUUUUUAAAACUUAAUUGUUUAACUUUUAGAUCUUUAGUUUUUUUACAGUACAAAAACAAUAUAUUACUCGAUUUUUUCUGGCCUUGACAGUCUGAAAAUGCGAAGAAAUUAAUGGAUUCAUUUGUUUUUUGAAUAUUUUUGCAUUUUUGCGUUUACGUAUGAUAUUGUUGUAGAUGACGGUUUUUGCAAGUAAUUCAAUCAAAUUGGAAGCUCUUUUGACUUCAGAAGUCGACGAAUUUUUGAAGGAAAAUCAGGGAACGAUGGGUGUACCUCUAGGCAGCGAACAAAGAAUGGCAAUGUUGCCUGAAGUAAGUUUUGUUUUUAUUUUGUUAUUUUUUUCUGUCAAUUAUAAAACUUUUUUAAAUUGGAUUAAAACUAAUGGAAUACCGCUUGUUUUAAAGUAUUAUCAUUGGAACUUGAGUUGCGCAGCAUUUUUUAUACUCUGUGAGGAAAAAAAGCCAACUAUAUUUAUAUUUUUGGCGCUUUAAAAUAUAACAAAGAUAUUAAGUGGACCUAAAUUAUUAUAUUCUUAUAUUUUUAGAUGAAGUCCCAAGAAUUCAACGUCAAAUCAGCAAAUCCCAGGUUUCUCCGAGCCUCAACAGACAUAUUACUGUCAUCUUUGGGUUGGGUAUCCGUGUCUUCAAUUCACAAUACUACUGUCAGAGCCUUCACUCCAGAUGGCAGAGGUCUUGGUACGAGACCUGCUAUGUUACCGUAUACUGCCAGUAUGAGAGGCCGUAGAAUCUCGGGAACGAGAUUGUUUGCUCCGAAGAUUACUCUGCCUACGGAUAAAUAA